AUGGGGACAUUACAGGAUCGAAAGCGAAAGCAGCCUCAAGACGCGAUCGAGGAGUUACCGCAGAAAAGACCAAAGAUCGGGCCCAAUGUCCAUCCACUAGAUCUGCCAGCAACUCCAGAGACUCAGGGAGUAGAAAACACGCAGAUAGUUGGACUUACACCCUUAAUCGAGCCUCAGCUUCAAGCCCAGCCUAAACCCAAAAUCAGGUAUGAAAAUAAGGCUCAGCUAAAGGCCCGAUUAAAGGCCCAACCCAUGGCUCAGAAACAGCCUAGAUUCUCUGGGGUUACCACAGAAAACGCUGCAAGUCUAGUUAGAAGCGUAGCGUUGCAGACAUCUAACACGGUGCCUCCUCCAGAUGCUACAACUCAAGAAGAGGCGCUUACGCAGCGUCAGGAUGAAGAACAGGCUCAACCGGCGGUUCAGAAGAAACGCCCAAUACGUAUUGUCUUGACCAAGAAGAAGGUCGCCACACCCGCCACACCCAAAGAACAACCUGACACAAAUCGAAGCUUGAGUUUCAACACUCGACGAACAUCAGCCGGAAAUUCCCAAGUUCAGGCUCAAACCCAGACUCAGACUCAAGCUCAGGCUCAGGCACAGUACCCAGCUAAGCCCCAAGCCGGACGACGACCACGAGGACGCCCUACUAAGAAAAACAAGAAGGUUGCCGCCUCAAACAAACCCUAUGACGAACAGUCUGCUACAGCCUCUAGCCUGUCUAUCGCCAAUAGAGCCUCAUCGUUUACCGCUCCUCAAGCUCAACCCCAGGCCGAAACCCCGUCUUCGCGAAAGAACGCCCAAAGACGUACCUCUAUUCCUACCCGACGAUCGUCACGCCUCAGCGGAGGCCAAGAGAAUCUCAACACGCAGCUGGAGAAAUAA